UGGCCACUCUGAUAGCCGUCAACCGCCAAGCUCCCGAUUGAAAGGGACCUGACUUUCGUCUCUCUUCCACCGACCUUCAGCAUCUUUGGUGCAUCGAAAGGUCGUCUACAUUUACGGUCUCUCCCUUUCGGCAGCACCCUCGUUGGGCUGCGAACUCUCUUUGAUGAGUCCAACUACCCUACGUCCGUCGCUAGCAAAUGUCCUUCAUCAGCGCAACGUUACGCCCGAGCUCCAUGGCGAGCUUUCGUCCUCCAAAAGACCUCUUCCUGUUUCGGAAGGCUCGCCGAUCGUGGCUCCAAUAACGUCCGCCAUCAGUCCUCAACCAGGCAAUCACGGCGACAAGCUCGAUAGUGUUCAAGACAUUCUGCGCAACGUCUCUGGUCCCAUGUCCCCCAUGGGAUUGAAGCCUUCGGCGGCGCCGGGUCAUCUGGCCGAAGCGCCAGCUGGCCCUGGUCCUCCGGUUCUUCUUCAUCCGACGGCAUACUCUGCUCACUUUCCAGCGUAUUCUCAAUUGCCCGGUCCUAUGGUGCACCGACGCUCUGAGCCAAUCUUGCCGACGGUGCAGCGCCCCGAAUACCAUGCUCACCAUCAUCCAAACCAUCCUCAAAACCAUCCUCAAAACCAUGGUCGAUAUCCGGGUCAGCUACCGGCUCAGGUUCACCAUCAUCCUCACUCGUAUCCUCAAUACCCGCCGCCCCAGAACGGGUUCCAUGGACCUCCAACAUCCACACCUUCAUCGGGUAUGAGGAGCCAUGAGCCUCCUAUCAUCACCCCUCCAUAUGUGAAUACAAACCACCCGCCUCGCGCUGUGGAGAACUAUUCACCCUACCCGGCGCCUCCCUACCAAUCCCCCCAGGCCCCCGCACAACACGGAUAUCCCGCGCACGCCGUUACCCCACUCAACAACCCCCCACCACCUUACUACCAUCACCCUCAUCCCCCAUGUUCGUGCGCGAACCAUCCUCAAGGGGGUCGUCAAGACUAUCCUUUCCCUCAGACGCGCGCAGGUGAAGGUGGCCAUCAAUGCGCCGUAACGGAUCACGAUCAGAAGAUGCAUGGAUAUUACCCUCGUCAUCCUGCCCCUCAUCACCCACCGGCUCAUCACGCCCCUCCCCAGUACCCACCUUCUGGGACGCCAGGCGUCUGGAGUGAUCCGGCGAGCGGGCCCGUUUGUCCGCCCCAAAAUGGCAGCGAAAGUCAACUCCCUUCUUCACACACUUACCAUCACCACCAUCAUCACCACCAUCACACGCCAUACUCUCGCGAUGCGCCGGGUGCUGGGCACUCUCAGCCGAUGAAUCCCAACAUUGUACCGAAUGGUGGGACUCCGUACCAUACGGACCGGAUUGGACCUGCACUUACCGCCAUAAGACCCUACCCCAAGCAUCACCCAUACUCUGACCCCCACUUUGGCGCGCAGAACCAUCCAUACGGCCAUCCUCAACAUCCGUAUGAUCAUCAACCCAGCUGGGCUCAAGGUGGCUACCCGCGACCUCCUUACGCGUCAGGACCACUACCCACCGGUUCUAUGGCUGCAUCGCAUAUGUCAACCGCUAGCGUGCCAGUUGGAGGGAUGGGGCAUUAUCCAUCGCAAACAGUCACUCCCCCUACUUCGGUGAUCGGUCAUCACUAUCUCACCGGACGUUCAGAGCCCACUACAUCCUCAAGCGGUUCCGGCAGCCGGGGCGGUUCCAACGCUUCCAACACCCGAGGUGGUUGCGGAUCCAACAGCAACCCAUCCCGCUCGCCGCAGAAGGACAUCAAAUCCGCUGACAUCAAGUCGCUCACUCCCACAAGCGAUGCAUGGCAGCAGCAGACAAAAGGCGCCGGCCAGAAGCGCUACAUUUGCACCGAGUGCCCGAAACGGUUCACCCGCCCGUCGUCGUUGAAGACGCAUUUGAACUCGCAUACGGGGCAAAAGCCGUUCUUGUGCCAUUGCGGGCGCAGCUUCAGUGUGUUAAGCAAUCUCAGGCGGCACGAGCGGAACGGCUGUUGUGGGGCGAAGGCGACCGGCGGGUCUCGAGCGUCAGUGUCAGCAUCAGCGUCAGCGUCUUAGGUUGGGAAUCCCGAACCACUUUCAUCUUUCAUCGCGCCUCUCAUUUCCCAAUGGGCGAGUGUCCCAUUUUUUCAUCCCCCAGUGCGUUUUUGUCCCUUCCGUUGUUUGGUUUUGCAACCUUACUCAUUUGGGAAUAUAUACCUGAGAUUUUUGCGGGAUCUUUUUCUGCAAAGUAUGUUUGUCUUAUGCCAUCAUAAUAUCAAACACUGCGGGUCGUAUCCGGGCCCAUCGUUUAGGUGAAUAUACUUAGCUCAUUCUUGUGUGGAAGUCAUACGAAUAUGAACGGUCGGCACAGUCUUUCC